ACCCGCUCAUUCUUUCCUAUGGGACUCUGGGCUCACAUGCACCAUUCAAAACCACAGCUUUGGACUGAGCUGCUCUUCUCAUAGACUCACACAGAGACAGGAGCAGAGGACGCCUAACAAGCCCCUUCACAUCCCAUACAGAAGACCAAAAACAAAGGUGCUAUGGCAACUCCCAAAGUCUCUCCCAAAGUGGCCAACUCGGUCGUGUCCCCAAACCGCAUCACUCGUCUGCAGGAGAAGGAGGACCUGUGUAACCUCAAUGACCGUUUGGCUGUGUACAUCGAUAAAGUCCGGUCCCUUGAGUCUGAAAAUGCUGGACUAAGACUCAGGAUUACAGAGUCAGAGACAGAGGUGAGCCGUGAGUUGAGUGGACUUAAAGCGGCCUAUGAGAGCGAGCUGGCGGAUGCGCGGCAGACUCUGGACUCUGUGGCGAAGGAGAGGGCUCGACUACAACUGGAGCUCGCCAAACUCAAGGAGGAGCACAAGGAACUCAAGGCCAGGAACUCCAAAAAGGAGGCUGACUUGGCUUCAGCUCAGCAUAGACUGAAAGAUUUGGAGGCUUUACUAAACUCCAAAGACGCGUCUCUGGCCACAGCUCUGGGAGAGAAACGCACUCUGGAGGUGGAGAACAGGGACCUCAAAGCACAAGUGGCAAAGCUUGAUACCAGUUUAGAGGAGGCCCGAAAGCAGUUGCAGGACGAGAUGCUGCGGAGGGUCGAUGGAGAGAAUCGGAUCCAGACGCUAAAAGAGGAACUUGAUUUUCAGAAAAAUAUCCACAGUGAGGAGUUGCGUGAGACAAAGCGGCGUCACGAGUCCCGGAUGGUGGAGCUGGACUCCGGACAUCAACAGGAGUUUGAAAAUAAACUCACCGACGCUUUGGUCGAAAUGCGCAGCCAACACGACCUCCAAAUCAAAAUGUACAAGGAGGAGAUCGAGAAGACCUACAAUGCCAAGCUGGAAAAUGCCCGUCAGUCGGCCGACAGGAGCAGUCACCUCGUUGGAGCGACUCAUGAAGAACUGCAGCAAACUCGAGUCCGACUGGAGACGACCUCUGCUCAGCUCAGCCAGCUCCAGAAACAGCUGGCAGCUCGUGAGGCGAAAAUCCGCGACCUGGAGGAUGCUUUGUCGAGAGAGCGGGACAGUACAAGACGUCUGCUAGGAGACAAGGACCGUGAGAUGACCGAGAUGAGGGCGAGGAUGCAGCAACAACUGGAUGAAUAUCAAGAGCUUCUGGACGUCAAACUGGCUCUGGACAUGGAGAUCUCCGCCUACAGGAAGCUUCUGGAGGGAGAGGAGGAGAGGCUGCGUCUCUCCCCCAGUCCCCCUCCCACUGUCACCAGGGUCUCAGGCAGUCGCACCUCUAUGUCCUCGGCUCAUUCCCGAGCGGGGCAGAGCACUCCAGCCAAGCGCCGCAGACCCAAUGACACAGACAGUGAGGCGAGCUUCGGAGGAGGCAUGUCCCGCACCAGAAUUACCCAGCAGGCCUCAGCGAGCGGCCGGGUCACUGUGGAUGAGGUGGACAUGGAGGGCAAAUAUGUGCGACUGAGCAACAAGGCUGACGAGGAUCAGAAUCUGGGAAACUGGCUGCUGAAACGUCAGGUUGGAAACGGAGCCACCAUCACCUUUAAGUUUCCUGCAAAGUUCACCCUGAAGGCCGGACAGAGAGUCACCAUUUGGGCAUCCGGAGCAGGUGUGGCCCAUAAUCCGCCCUCUGACCUGGUGUGGAAGAACCAGUCCAUCUGGGGAACUGGAGACAUGUUCCAGACCACCCUCAUCAGCGCCAACGGAGAGGAAAUGGCAAUGAGGAAAGUGACCCGCACAACCAUUGAGGAGGAUGAUGAUGACAUGCAGGUGGCGCACAGUACCUGCAGUGAUGGAGAGUAUAACCUCCGCAGUCGAACGGUGGUGUGUGGGUCUUGUGGUCUUCCCUCAGAUAAAUCAGCCUCCUGCUCCGUUUCUUCUGCCUCUCGCUCCUUCAGGUCUGGGGGCAUCUCAGAGGGUCUAUUGCCCCAAUCCUAUGUGGUCAGCACCAGCACCCCGCGCAAGACGGGGGGUAAACUGGAAACCUGUCCAAUCAUGUGAGAGCAACGUGCUACAAGCUUGCAGGAUCUUUUAUUUCUAUUUUUUAUGUGUUUGCAUUUAUCAUUUGUAGUUUUCAAGUUGUAGUUUUUACUAAUAGGCUACCUUUUUUUUUUUUUACUUUUGGGAUAUAUUUCUACAAAUCAUCUUAGAUUAGUUAUGCAUUAUGCUAUUUUAUUAAUCCAUACAAGCUUUAAACCACUAUUUAGCCUUGCGUUUAAAAUAAAGUGAAAUAAAAUGAAUUUGAAAGACGUGUUUUGUAUUUUUUACUCUUUUGUACUUUUUGAAGUUGAAUUCUGUAAAAGACUGACUCCAGGAGAUGGUCAAAUUUGUUGAAGUGAAUGUACCAUCACCAUCUGUUUACUGUACUGUGUUUUUAUAUAUCAAUAAAGUUUUGUCAUGUA